GGAGCUGGCCAACUACUUGAUAUGGAAAAUUAUAGAAAGAUUUAAGAAUGACUUCAUUGAUUGGAGCUGGGAGCCUCGUCGUCAGGAAUGCUUCGAUUUCACUUACAGCAAUUUCCAAAUAAUACUGGAUUCCAUCUAUAUACGAAAGCAUUUCCCAGAAGACAGCAGGAAAGCCGCUAUAGAGUUAACAACUUACGUUGAAAAUGAAUAUUUAAAUUUUCUAGAAAAAAUUGAUUGGAUGGAUGAAGAAUCUAAAGCAUACUCCAUGAAAAAGGCUAAUGCCAGGAAGUUACAUUAUGGUUAUGAGAAAGAAAUUCUGAAUGAUUCUUUUUUAUCGCACUUUUACACUAAUUUAACGUUUAAAGAUGAAGAUUUUAUUUGUAACAUUCUGAAAUUGAAGAAAUGGUUACUUAACAAACCUUUCUCUCAACGGAAAUCAAAGCCAGAACAUCUUAAAAUUAAAUCGUCACCGUUCUUUAAAAUGAUCGACUCGAGGGCUAGUUUUGACCCUACAACCAACAAAAUUGAAAUUACUGCUGCAUUCUUCCAAAAUCCCUUGUUCAACAAAGAUCAACCCAAUUACCUGAAUUUUGGAGCGCUGGGUUUCAUUUAUGGACACGAAAUUAUUCAUGGAUUCAAUGGAGAGUCUUCUGGUGAAAUGUUGGAUAACUUUUGGAGCAAUGAAACGAACUAUCAGUUCAAAAUAAAAACUAAGUGUUUCUUAGACCAGUACGCUAAAUAUACUAUUCGUAAUGGAAUGAAGGUGGAUAGUAAUAAAACGCAAAACGACAAUAUAGCUGACAACAUUGGUUAUGAACUAGCUUAUCUGGCUUAUCAAUCAUGGCUUAGAGAUAAUGGAAGGGAGCCAGUGCUGCUGGGAUUGAAGUAUACACAAAAUCAAUUAUUCUGGAUAAGUGCAGCUAGUAAUCUAUGCAUGAAAUUCUCGACAGUUGCUGAGGCGCAACGAUUAGAAAUGGAUUAUCACAGUCCGGCACAAUUUAGAGUGAUAGGAGCAAUUUCUAACGUACCCGAAUUUGCUAGAGACUUCAAUUGCCCGCCAGAUUCACCUAUGAAUCCAAAAAACAAAUGCCGAGUUUGGAGGGACAACUAAACAAGUCCGAAAUAUCAGAAAAUAAUGCCAUUCUUAUAUGGUGUUAGAAGUUUGCUGCUAUUAUUAUUGCAACUUUUGAAAUAACAGAAAAAGGUCUAUGAACUUUUUUUUCUGUAUGGUUUGAAUAAAAUACUAAAACUAUU